AUGGCAAAACCAGACCAGUUUGUCCUGAACCCACAGAGGGAAGUUGGGGGGUAAGAUGGCCUCAGCACUUUCCCAGGUUUUCCUCUAACCUUGUCAAACGCUGACCUGUCUGCUGAUGUGUAGAAUUCCUCUCCUCCUGUAGGCGACAACAUCUACAGACCUGAGAUCUGUCAGGUACUGGAGGGCUUGAAGCAGAGCCCUGAGAGGAUGGCCUGUAUUCUGAUUGACAAUGUUCAGCCCCGCCCUGUAUAAUAAUAUAAUAAUAUGCCAUUUAGCAGACGCUUUUAUCCAAAGCGACUUACAGUCAUGUGUGCAUACAUUUUUACGUAUGGGUGGUCCCGGGAAUCGAACCCACUACUCUGGCGUUACAAGCGCCAUGCUCUACCAAUUGAGCUACAGAGGACCACAACUACCUCCUGAGGGUGGGGACGCCACUCAAUAGGUGUGUUCACGGAGUAAGGCUAACGAAGCUGACGGUUGAAGAAAGUUGAUGAGUGAAGUCGGGGGAGGUGCAUCUGUGACAGCCGAACGUUGGACGCUGUCGUGGUUUUCAAACAGCAAGGCUCAGAUCAGCAUGGCAGUGUCAACAUAGCUGCUAUUUUAAUACAUUUUUUAUUUAUAAAUGUCAAAACAAACUUUUCUAUAUCCCCACAUCACACACUCACACUCACAAGUGUGUGCAAUUAAUUGAGAGAGGUCUCAAACAUAUAUUUUGUGGCAAAGUUUGUUCCUGUUUCAGUCACAUCUUUGGUCAUGUUCACAUGGUUCAACCAAUCGUUAGGGUGUUUUUUUAUUUGGGUUGACCCACGCGAACGUGACCAAAGACAGGACUGAAACGGGAACCAACAUUGACACAAUUCUAAAGCUAUAAUGCCUCCAACUAGCCAGGCGAUGGCUGCACGUUGGGGAGAAGCAACUGUAGCGACUUAAUAAAAACAAGACUGCAUUACCUUCGAUUACAUGGUUUAUGUAAAGUACAUGCAGUCGACAUGUUGGCGUAAAUCAUUGUGGACUACAGGAAAAAUAAGUUUGACUGAGCACGCCCCCACUUUCUUCGAUGGGGCUGUAGUGGAGCAGGUCGAGAGCUUCAAGUUCCUUGGUGUCCACAUCACCAACAAACUAUCAUGGUCCAAACACACCAAGACAGUCGUGAAGAGGGCACGACAAAAUCUAUAUAUAUAUAUAUACUUUUUCUUUUCUUUCUAUUUUAAUUAACCAGAGGACAAAUAUAUAUAUAUAUAUUUUUUUUACAGCUUUUCUGCUACAUAUACAUUUUGCAUACACAUUUUACAUACAUGGUACUUUUAUAUACAGCAAUCACACAACAAUAAUACAUUACCAAACAUAAGGUCUUUAAUCCCACCCCUCAGCCACUCUCAGCCCAUCCCACCUAUCACCAUAGACCACCCUCGUUUGGAUUCCAUGUGCCAUAUAUUUUUCAAUUGUGCUGUGAUGUUUUACAUACAUUUUAAACCUUUCUAAUCAUAUAGUAUCCACAGAUUGUGAGCUAAAGAUGAAAACCUUUCCUACGAGUAUUAUUAUAUUAUUUAUUGACUGACUAUGGCUUUCCUAAUCGCCCAACACUGCUAUUUGUAAGGUUAAUUUUAAGUGAAUUAUGUAAUUCUUUUACCGUUCCUGAACCUGUGAGCAGAAACAAGCUACACAGGGGUAAUACCAGAAUAAAUGAUCUAGUGAUUCUGUCUCUUUACAGUAAAAUGCUACUUGAUUAAAGUCUAAAAGUAUUUGGUUUUAAAUAUACAAGUCAGAAGUUUACAUACACUUAGGUUGGAGUCAUUAUAACUCAUUUUUCAACCACUCCACAAAUUUCUUGUUAACAAAUUAUGGUUUUGGAAAGUCGGUUAGGACAUCUACUUUGUGCAUGACACAAGUAAUUUUUCCAACAAUUGUUUACCGACAGAUUAUUUAACUUAUAAUUCACUGUAUCACAAUUCCAGUGGGUCAGAAGUUUACAUACACUAAGUUGACUGUGCCUUCAAAUAGCUUGGAAAAUUCCAGAAAAUGAUGUCAUGGUUUUAGAAGCUUCUGAUAGGCUAAUUGACAUCAUUUGAGUCAAUUGGAGGUGUACAUGUGGAUGUAUUUCAAGGCCUACCUUCAAACUCAGUGCCUCUUUGCUUGACAUCAUGGGAAAAUCGAAAGAAAUCAGCCAAGACCUCAGAAAAAAAUAGUAGACGUCCACAAGUCUGGUUCAAUUUCCAAAUGCCUGAAGGUACCACGUUCAUCUGUACAAACAAUAGUACGCAAGUAUAAACACCAUGGGACCACGCUGCUGUCAUACCGCUCAGGAAGGAGACGCAUUCUGUCUCCUAGAGAUGAACGUACUUUGGUGCGAAAAGUGCAAAUCAAUCCCAGAACAACAGCAAAGGACCUUGUGAAGAUGCUAGCGGAAACAGGUUCAAAAGUAUCUAUAUCCACAGUAAAACGAGUCCUAUAUUGACAUAACCUGAAAGGCCGCUCAGCAAGGAAGAAGCCACUGCUCCAAAACCACCAUAAAAAAGCCAGACUACGGUUUGCAACUGCACAUGGGGACAAAGAUUGUACUUUUUGGAGAAAUGUCCUCUGGUCUGAUGAAACAAAAAAAUAACUGUUUGGCCAUAAUGACCAUCUUUAUGUUUGGAGGAAAAAUGGGGUUGCUUACAAGCCGAAGAACACCAUCCCAACCGUGAAGCACGGGUGUGGCAGCAUCAUGCUGUGGGGGUGCUUUGCUUCAGGAGGGACUGGUGCACUUCACAAAAUAGAUGGCAUCAUGAGGAAGGAAAAUUAUGUGGAUAUAUUGAAGCAACAUCUCAAGACAUCAGUCAGGAAGUUAAAGCUUGGUCGCAAAUGGGUCUUCCAAAUGGACAAUGACCCCAAGCAUACUUCCAAAGUUGUGGCAAAAUGGCUUAAGGACAACAAAGUCAAGGUAUUGGAGUGGCCAUCCCAAAGCCCUGACCUCAAUCCUAUAGAACAUUUGUGGGCAGAACUGAAGAAGAGUGUGCGAGCAAGGAGGCCUACAAACCUGACUCCGUUACACCAGCUCUGUCAGGAGGAAUGGGCCAAAAUUCACCCAACUUAUUGUGGGAAGCUUGUGGAAGGCUACCUGAAACAUUUGACCCAAGUUAAACAAUUUAAAGGCAAUGCUACCAAAUACUAAUUGAGUGUAUGUAAACUUCUGACCCACUGGGAAUGUGAUGAAUGAAAUAAAAGCUGAAAUAAAUCAUUCUCUCUACUAUUAUUCUGACAUUUGACAUUCUUAAAAUAAAGUGGUGAUCCUAACUGACCUAAGACAGGGCAUUUUUACUAGGAUUAAAUGUCAGGAAUUGUGAAAAACUGAGUUUAAAAGUAUUUGGCUAAGGUGUGUGUAAACUUCCGACUUCAACUGUACUUAAGUAUCAAAAUUAAAUGUAAUGGCUAAAAUAUACUUAAGUAUAAAAAGUACAAUUUAUAAAUAAUUAAACAUUCUUAUAUUAAGCAAACCAGAGGGCAGAUAGCCAGGGGCACACUCCAACACUCAGACAUAAUUUACAAACGCAGCAUGUGUGUUUAGUGAGUCUACCAGAUCAGAGACAGUAGAUGACCAGGGAUGUUCUCAUGAUAAGUGCGUGAGUUGGACCAUUUUCCAUUCCUGCUAAGCAUUCAAAAUGUAACUAGUAUUUUGGGUGUCAGGAAAAGUGUAUGGAGUAAAAAGUACAUUAUUUUCUUUAGGAAUGUAGUGAAGUAAAAGUUGUCAAAAAUAUAAAUAGUAAAAUAAAGUACAGAUACCCCAAAAAACGACUUAAGUAGAACUUUCAAGUAUUUUUACACAACUGCCUCACUGGCAGAGUCAAGACAUGGUGCUGAUUGAGGUUGCUGGACAUCUGCAGAGGACCAAGCGUGACGAGCACUCUGAUGGAGGUGUGGCUGCGGGAGUGGCAGUGCUCGACAAUCCACUCCUCGUCUGACCUACACUGCCCUCUGUCACAUUACUAGUGGAACUGCACAGGAGGACAGCCAGAGACACGUCAAACACACACCUUUGACCACAGAGAAAAUAGCUGCUCAUCAUCUUUUGUUGAUUUUUUUUUGUGACUUUUACUCAGUUUUUACUGUAAAAUCAAAUAUGUCUUCUUGUAGCUUGUGGAGAUCAGGAAUGAGCCUGAUGGAGGAAGAGCAGCUAUGUGUGGACACUGAAGUCUUACUGUCACAAUACAUUUGAAUCACUGCUCGGAUAGACUUAAACAGAGACAAUAAAUUAAUGUAAAACAGAAAAUACAGAACUAUCAUUAUUUCGGACCAAAAAGUAUGUAGUAUUCUAGAUAUUGUACAAUCAAACUGAAAAGCUGAACAUGAUUUCAUCAUGAAACAAUAGAACAAUUGCGGGUUGCGGACGUGACAGUAAUAAAUAUGAUCAGCACUGUAUUACCAAAGCUGGUAUCACAUGUGCCGCAUUUCCAUUGAGCAUUUAUCCUAGUGUUUAACCCAAAAGGCUCAGACUUUUCUGUUUCCAUCUACACGGACCCACAUCUCACUGGGCCAUGGCUCCGGCAGACUUGGGGCCAAGGCAAGACCCUGGAUACUUGUAAGCUUUCAUUUACAUAACAAUUACUAACUGUGAACUUUAACACCUCACAAAGCAACAGUCUUGAAUGAUGCAGAGGUUGUUGAUUCUGUUCACCCCAAGUCUUUAGUUUCAACUACUGAUGGAAGAACAAUAACACUAGAGCUCACACAUCAACAUAAAACACUGGCGGAAAAGGCACAUUGGAAAAGCACCAUUAGUAGACUAUAAGAAUCUCUGGUGUUAUCAUAAAAACAGUGUAAUAGCUCCCCUAAGCAACGCUGACCCGCUAUGACAGGGUUGGCUCACUUUAUGAAUGUGGAUCACAAUAAGUAGGCAUAUUCUCUUAAAAUACCCCUCUCCCUCUCUCUCUCCUCUCCCUUUUCCUCUUGGGGCAGUUUGAGACAAAUCCUUGGAGAGAGGGCUGGGUUGGGGGUCAGGACGGUGUGUGAGGGGGCCAGAGGGU